CAUGCGGUCCAUACUUAUCCGGUGUAUGGACCCUGUGCACGCGCACGCGCCCGGCUCGCUCUUAAUCAGGAGUUCUGUACAAACCCCCCUGCUUUUCGCCCAUAACCCCGCAUCUCUGACCCCGCUUCUUCUCCGACCCCGGCGCCGUCUCCGCAGCCUGCAUCGUCGUCUCCGGCCGGUUCUCCUGCUCCGGCACGCAAGGAUGACUACUUCAAGGCGUCUUGCUGACAAAAAGAGUGCAAAGUUCCAGAAGAACAUCACAAAGAGGGGCUCUGUGCCUGAAACUACAGUGAAGAAGGGUAAUGACUAUCCUGUUGGACCUAUUGUGCUUGGAUUCUUCAUCUUUGUGGUCAUUGGAUCAUCCUUGUUUCAGAUUAUCAGGACAGCCACUAGCGGCGGGAUGGCUUAAGGUCGAGCUAAAAUAGGACUAUCUGUAUCAGAGUUUCAUCAAUGUGUUUGGGAGGCAAUUUAUGUACCCCAAUAGUAAAGUUCGUUCCUGGAUGAUGUUGAGAGUGAAUCUUACGUCUGUCUUCUGUUACUAAGUUACUAAGUCUAAAUUAGGAGCUGGAGUCAUGCACAUGUUUAAGCUUUGAAAAAUGAUAUAAUAGAACUUUAAGCAUUCAGGAUAAGAAUUAGUUUUCUUCUCUUUGUGAUAAUUUUUCAUGUUGACCACCAGUCCAUCAUGCACAAGUUUUGUCUUAAGUGGCCUGAGUGAACUGAGUUAACUGU